AUGCUUGAACAAAAUACAAAUACUGCUAGAAAAGAAAACCAUGACAUGGCUUGCAGUGUCAAAGUAGAACCUGAGGACUCGGACGAUGAAAGUGCAGAUGAUGUGGAAUCUCGAGGAUUAAUUUAUGAUAAUCUGGAAAUAGUUAUGAAGGAACCCGAUAAUCCUCAAACAACAAUAAAACUCUGUACUAAAGUAGAAGCAGGCGCAGAAGAGUGUCCCCGACCCUCGUUCGUGGAAGUACCAGCUCAGUGUACUUUCUUAGAUGUGAGUAAACAUAUAUCUGUGGAGAUUGUCAAGAUUGAAGCGACUGAUGAUGAACCUGUUCCUGGGAAAAUGCACGACAAUUCUGAAGAUUUAAUUUUAAAUAAAGAAGACAAUGAAGACGUUGAAGAAACACCCGCAAUUAAAUCUAGCAUAAAUAGUAAUAAAAAAAGGACAUUAAGACAUAAGAUUGCCGCCAAAAGUAAAAGAAGUAAAGAUUAUGAUAAAAAAAAUAUCAGACAGUACAAACAUAGAGACAGCAAAACAAAAAAGACGAUAGUGUACACAGAAAGUGAUUACAAAGACACAGGCGACAAGCUUGGUUUAGAUUUAAGUGUUAAAAAUAAUUUAAACAAUACUAAACCACAUGGGAAACACAUCCUUAGACAUCAAUAG